AUGGCACCUUCACCCGAGAAACGCCGCCUUCAAUGGCAGACUAAGACAAAGACGAAGAGGGGAUUUGCAGGAACUGUCCCAGACUGGACUGUUGCCGAAGAGGACGACGAUGACAAGUACGAUGUUCACAUCAUGAGAAGGCACUCUGUUAGGCAUAGACUUCGACGACGAGACAUCAGCAGCACACCCGUUGAAGAGUCCGAGGUGCUGGUGUCUAUUCUACAUGAUGAACCUUACAACACGCAACCCGUCUCGACCCCAACCCCAAUCUCAACUUCAACCUCAACCUCAACCCCGACAUCUACCAAGGCUAUAAAGGCGUACGAGAGUGGCAGCGACAGCGACAGUCAAAGUGGCGAUGAAAGUAUGAGUGAUGACGAGAACGAGGAGAGUGACGAUGAGGUAGAGAGCGACCCUGUACCAACUGAUCAACCCAUCGACGACAAAGAUGUGCCAUACAAGGUCAAACUUCCCGCAUCGGCAACAGAAACACCAGCAGUUGAUGCGCCAUCAGCAGAGGGCAGCAUAGAGGAAAGCAUGAUUUCCGGAGGUGAGGGCAUCCACUCAAACGUUCAUAAGAUCCUCUUGGGUGUGGGAUCAGUUGGUGGCUUCCUCCUUCUUCUCGGUAUCGUCUUCCUUGUCUGGAAGUUCCAUUCAAAGAAGAGAUACACGGCGAAGCCUCCUCCUCCACCUCCUGUCGACGAUAUGUCUCAUGAAAAGCCCAACCGGUUCGAAACCCUCGUCUCAAAGCUACCUUUCUUGGGACCACGUCUUGGCCACAAAGACUGGUACACCAUUGAAGACCCAUCUCCUCCCUACUCUUCACAUAUCAGCGAUGAGAAGAAGAGAGUUUUCUCUCCCUCACCCUCACCUUCGUCGCUACCUCCACCUCUGCCAGUCUCAUCCCUUCCUAAGCAGUCCGCCACUCAUCUCACUGUGCCCGCCAAGCCAUAUGGUCUCUAUCGGAUGAGCAGCAGGACCGAGCAAACGAACUACGACAUUGAUGCUACAAGUCCUACAAGCCCAGGCUUUGUGGAGAAUGCUGUCCAAGUUCAGGUCGUCGCUCGUCAUGCUCCCAGGCAAAGGCAAAGUCAAGGUCUUAGCCCACCUUACUACAAGCCGCAACCACAACACAACCGCGCCCCUUCGGCAGCGCCAUAUGCUUACGACGUUGCAAGACGCCAGACCGGUGUCAGUGAAUUGUCCUCCAUCUCUUCCGGCUUUGGUGACGGCGAUAUUGUCAUAACGCCAUCCUACCAGACCGCCCAGAGCGUGCCCUCUCAGCCAACACCUUCUCGCCAACCCACAUGGAAGUCUACCAACACACACAGCCGUCGUGAUACUGUAUCCACAGUAGCCUCAGUGGAAACUCGACCGAGAUUUCACUCUGUUAACUCGUGGGUGAAGCAGCAGAAUGGACAACUGCGACGGGCCCAAAGACAACAAGAGCAGAGUGACGCUCCCCCAGUCCCUGCUCUGGCUCCCCCUCCUGAGCAGGACUUCAGAUACAUGUUGCAAGAUGACGAGAGACCACGUCCAGUGGAGAUGGUCUGA